AUGAUUUAUGCCGCGACUUCUCUCCGCGACCCACCCUCCGCGACCCAGUUGGUAGCUCACGUGUCCAACUCCACGUCCUCCACGACCCACCUCGGCCUCGGCCUCUCUCUCCGCUUCAUACGUGGUGAAGAAACUAUUAUGGAAGAAGGAAAAUUUGAUUCAAAUGAGAUGAAAGAUAACACCGAUCAUGCGGAUCAAGACCUAUCUCCAUCUACCGUCGAAGAAGUGAAGCUACCUGAGAUUGGAAUGGUAUUUUCCUCUGAAGAAGAAAUUCGUACGUUUUAUAAUUCCUAUGCUACCAGUGUUGGUUUUGUUGAGGCUGGAGGUUAUGAGAAUUUAUCAUUUGAUGAGAGAAAAUGUAGAAAUUAUAUUUCAGAAGCUAGAAGGUUGAGGUUAGGGGAAGGAGAUGCUGAAGCUUUGAAUGCAAGAUGUAGGGCUGCGUAUGAUUACUUUUGUGAUGUCGUGACUUUUGAUACAACUUAUUUGACUAAUAGUUAUGACAUGCCUUUUGCUCCAUUUGUUGGGGUGAAUCAUCAUGGGCAAUCUAUUCUGUUGGGAUGUGGAUUAAUAUCAAGUGAAAACUCAGCAACAUUGACAUGGUUGUUCAACUCAUGGUUGACAUGUAUGCACGGAUGUGCUCCAAAGGCUAUAAUCACAGACCAAUGUUGUGCAAUGACAAUCGCAAUUGAAGAGGUAUUUCCGAAUUCUCAUCAUCGUCUAUGUCUUUGGCAUAUUAUGAAAAAACUACCAGUGAAGCUAGGUGGUCAUGCUCAAUACAAACUGAUAAAGAAACAAUUAAAGAACAUUGUUUAUAACUCUCUUACUGUUGAUGAAUGUGAUGUGAAUUGGUUAAAAAUGAUUGAGGAGUUUAAGUUGGAGAACAAUGAUUGGUUGAAAUCUUUAUAUGAUGAACGAAAUAGAUGGAUACCUGUGUAUGUUAAAGAUCACUUUUGGGCUGGUAUGUCCACAACUCAAAGAAGUGAAAGUAUGAAUGCAUUUUUUGAUGACUAUGUUCAUUCUAAAACAUCUUUGAAGCAAUUUGUUGAGCAACAAUUCCAAAAUGCCUACACUAACAAUAUAUUUAAGUUGUUCCAAGAUGAAAUAAGAGGGUUGAUGUUUUGCGAUGCCUCUUUGUUGAGGGAAGAAGGGACAACUUUAAUAUUUGAAGUAGUAGAAAAUAUGUUGGGAAAUAAUGGAAAACCUGGAAGAGAAGUUUCCUUUAUGGUUAUUGAGGUUCCUAUGAGUUAUAUUAUGGACCUAUGGCGCAAAGAUAUUAAGCGUGGGUAUCAAAGCAUCAGUAACAUAUAUGAUGGAUAUGGUUGUAGUGAAAAAAGACUUCGGUAUAAUACUCUCACCCGAUUGAUGCAAGAGGUUCAACAACUUGGAGCCGAAAGUGAUGAGAUUUGUUCUGUUCUGGUGGAAAUCAUGAAAGACACUAAGGAAAAACUUAUUAUUGCUAUGGAGAAUGGGCAAUCAAGGGCUGGACAAUUUGAAGAAGCAUCUACAUCUGAGAGAACUGCAAAUGCAAAGCGUUUUGGAGGACAUCUUUGUAGCAGGUGGUACCUUUGCUCUUUAUUCUCUGCUCAUUCUUGUUCUUGUUGGCACUUGUAUGGUGAUCGGUGA